AUGCUGCUGCUCAUGCCCUGGAUCAUGCUGCUCAUCGGUCAGGUGACCCCCCGUGCAUUCAUCUUCGCCUUCAUCGCUGACACCUGCGUGGUGGGCUGCCUGUGCGUCUCUGCGUUCCUCCUGUUCCACGUGACUCUGAUGCUCCGCGGGCAGACCACGCGAGAGUGGUACUCCAGCCGCCGGCCGUACAGCCUGGGCUGGCGCCGGAACGUGUGCGAGUGCCUGGGGCAGCGCUGGUACCUGGCCUGGCUGUGCCCGCUCAUCCCCUCACCCCUGCCCGGCGAUGGGAUCCACUUCCAGGUCACUGCACCCCUGGCUGAGACCCCCGGUACUGCGGCUCAGGGGCCAACCAGAAACUAGUCACCUUCAGGGGGAGACCGGCCACAGCUUCACUCCUUGGACUGUAUUGUGAGCAACAUUGGAGACUGGCAUUCGGUUUACUGAUUUAAACACUAGUAGAUCUUAAUAUCAUCAAGAGACAAAGAGUUCUGGAAAGUUCUGUCAUUGAAUUUCAGUUUCUUUUGGCGUUUCCAAAUUCAUCACUAUGUUUGCUGUUAGCUACAGUUACUUCAGACAAGUCUGAAGUUCUGAUAAAGUGCCCAGGCAGUGGGAAUGCUAUCCCAAACUUUAAGCUGAGGGAACACAAAGCCACUUUUUCGGGAACAGCGACUUGAAACCUGGUUUCAGGAGACCUGGUUUGAGGUUGCUGGCUCAAACCCCAACACUCCCCUGGUGUGCCUGAAACCUAACCUCCUGAAACCAAGUUCCAACCCAGCGGCUUUGCGUUCCGAGCUUUACUGUUUCCAAAGUCAGUACCAUCAAGUGUUUUAGAGUUACAGGUACCGCCAGCAUUGAAAUAAUCAAUAUACUCAAUCUGGCAGCGAAGACAAACACCUCAGUGCUAUCGCCCCUCUGUGGCAGUCUCUCCUCGCUUGUUGAUUUCAGUGUAACGCACUUAGAACCAUUGUGUAGCCACUGUGAGCUUCAAGACAUCAAGGGGCACAGGCUGGGUUAUAAGAACAAGGUGUUUAUUGUGCUGCCUCGCGGUACCCACUAGUCCUUGUGAGAGUCGUCUUCCGUAGUCUGCGGUGGGGAGAAGGAGAGGGUCAGCUGCCAAAGAAGCCAUUCAAAAUGCACCGCUGUGCACUAGAUGGCGCUGGUGCUUAGCAGUGGAGCUAUGGCUGAUCUGGCCUGUGGUACAGGUGUCUGUGGCAGGCAGCUGGAACUGGUGAGCAAUUCCUGACCUCUUAACACAGACUCAUCAAACGUGUAAAGAGAAAAAAAGCAAUUCGAUUCUCAGUAAGACCCAUGUGGAAUGAUUGCAAACAUCAGGAAACUGUGAAGGGACAGCGAGACCAGCACUGACACACACAUACACAGAGACUGACACACACACAGGCCCUCGUAGUCAUGUAAUAAUUGCUCAGCUGUUGACAGAUUUGAGAGUUUAUCGGAUUUCAGCCGCACGCACUCUGAAACGUCUGCAGGAGAGCAGGGGUGUGUGGUGCAGUUUGGCGCAGAAUCUAGGCAGGUAUCGCGGUCCCUGUGUAGAGCGUGACAGUCAUGAGGCCACUUGUUUUUGCACUAAGUGUGUGGUUUACACGUGACAGAUCUCAUUCCCAAGAGUUUGACAAAGUCAUUCUUGCUUCAGGUCGUCAAUACGGGCUUUCCUGCAAAUGAUCUGAUCCAUAGAAGACUGUACUUAUACUAGUUGUUUUGAGAAGCAGCUAAAUUAUCUUAAUCCAUGCUUGUUUUAUGUUCACCUUUUAAAACUGUGCUGUACUUCUGCCAACUUAAAGUGUGUUUCCAGUAUAUUCAAUUGUAAUCAGUAUUUGGACGUCAGGUUCUUAUUUAAGAAAGACCCGUUUUCAUAGCUAAUGUGUUUGAGUCAUCUCGGGCUGCACAAUGUUACAGGAGAUAAGCCGGUCUUGUUAGGUGCUGAUUUCGAGUGCAGCUGUGCAAAGCAUGCUGUUGUCAGGCUGCUGUCUGGGACAGAAUGUUUUAUUCCCUGAGAAAGAAUCAAUAGACCUGACCUCACCUGACCCGGUGCAAGCAGGAGUUGUCUGGUGAACAUGUUGCUGACACACAGUGGUAAGCCAGCACUAAGCUUUGCAAAGGGGUGCAGAGACUGUAUAAACUGCAGCACUUGGAGGUGCAUUGGAGAAGCAUCAAGAUCCUCCGUGAACGCACACCAGCGCCGUGUCUGAUGCUUUUUCCACAAACUGCUAGCUUAUAGUCAUUUAGCAGACGCUUUUAUGCAAAGAGACUUGCAGAGACUAGGGGGUGAACUCUGCAUCAUCAACAACUGCU